AUGGUGUUCUGCGGCAAGCCGAGCAAAGGCUGCGGCGAAUGCCGAUCGCGCAAGAUCCGCUGUGAUCAGGCCCGCCCGACCUGCUCCCAAUGUAUCAAGGGCAACCGCGUGUGCCCCGGAUAUCGCGAUGAGCUGUCGCUCAUGUUUCGCGAUGAGAGCCAGCAGGUCGUUCGAAAGGCCAAAACUGGCUCAUCUGGCCGUCGGGCCAAAAACACCCGCAAAUCCACCACACACACGUCUCCGAGUGGCAGUAGUAGUAGCCAACCCAGCCCACAACCGCCUUCAAAAUCAUCGCCGCCAACGGCGACGCCGAAAGUCUCCAAUGAUGUUAGUAGUGAUCCGCCCGAGAUUGUGGAUUUCAACGAUCUCUCCUAUCCUCAACAGUCUCCCGAGUCGGUCCAGCUUCUCACCCCGCAUUCUUCGCCGGGUCUGGGGUUGCAGCCGUCCUAUCAGUUUACUAAGGAUGAAGCUUAUUGCUUCUCCCUGAGGAAUACUGAAUGGCCGGGCUCCUUCUGGAUGAUGGACUUUUCCCCGGAUUUCUUCAGAACUACCAACGAGGGCUCCCCAAGUCAACAAGCGAUGCAAGCCAGUCUGGUAUCGGUGGGAUCAGCGAUGCUCUCACGCAUUCGACAAUCAGGGUCGCUGAAAAUCGAUGCCGAAAGAGACUAUGGUCAUGCAUUGCAAUUGCUAACUGCCGCGGUCAUGGACGAAGAAGAAGCCAAGACCAAUGCAACGCUUGCUGCUGUGUUACUACUGGCUAUCUUUGAGGUAAUACCCGCCAUCCUUGCUUGGUUACACUACAUCCGUGUGCAUGUGGCUGACGGGAGCGGGCAGGUCGUCACGAGUAGAACGCCCCGAACGAUUGAAAAGUGGACCAGUCAUAUCUAUGGGGCUGCGGCGCUGCUUGAGCUACGAGGGGCGGAGCAGCUCCAGGAUGAAGAUGGACUGAAGCUUUUUGUGCAGUUGAGAUUCCAGAUUAUUACCAGCUGUUUGCAGAGAGCCGCUCACGUGCCACGGUCGGUCCUAGAGUGCGCCAAAAUCGCCAUGUACUUGCGGCCACAGACCGAAGCCUACGGCGACCGUUUGAUUACCAUCGCGGGUCGAUUGUCUAAUCUACGCGCCGACAUUAACCGGAAAAUGCGGACUGAUCAGAGAGAGAUCCUGUCCGCUGCGUAUGCCAUCGAAGCAGAGCUGAUGGCCUGGGUUGCAGGUCUCCCUCCAGAAUUUAUGUAUACCGUGGUUGAACAUCCCUCUCCGGAUCCGUUUGCCAACAUGUUGGGUCGGACUGAGAGUCCUUGCGGUAAUCGAUACCAUAUUUACCAUGAUUUGUGGCUUGCACAUAGUUGGAAUCAGUACCGAUGCGCGCGGAUCAUCGUCAGUGAAAUCAUCCUCGGCUGCCUCCGACGGCUGUCGUUCCGGUCACCUGCGAUGGCUAUCUCUGGGGAACUUCAGAACCACUGCACUCGGCUUCGCAGCAGCACACGAGAGCUCGCGCGUGACAUCUGCGCGACUGUGCCCUUCCACUUUGGCAUCGGAAACGUGGGCACUAAGCCGUCCGAAUAUCUUCCCCUGAACCAGGCCUACUUAGGCGGGCUCCUCGCUCUCUGGCCGCUGGUUCUGGCGGGUGCAACAGAGGGGAAGAAUCACCCAUUGCGGGUCUGGGUGAUCGAUUGUUUGCGAAUCAUCGGACACACUAUGGGCAUUGACCAGGCAUUGGCCUUGAUUGAAGUCCUGGAGACGGAGGUGGGCAUCUUUGAUGGCAUCGAAGAUGGCGAAAACGGCGUUUACUUCCUGGAAUACGGAGGCACCACCGCCGGGAACAAAGUUCUUACAGGCACCUGGGGUGCUUGA